AGGAGCUUGCACGUGCGGGGGUGGGGCCGUGGGAAAGCCUCCAGAGGACCGAGGGGGCGGGGCCAAGGCCCUUUUUGGAGACGACGGUGUGAGGGAAGGAGGCAUCGGCGUGCAGCUGCAGGUAGGAGAUGGAAACCCUCGUGGGCCUUGUUUGCAGAGCCCCGGGGGCUGCUUCUGAGCACGGGGGAGGUGCGUGUCCGGCUCCCUUCAACGUCUUAGCCGGAGGGCGAGGUUGUCGGGCCAGCGCCGCUGGUGCGGAUGCCCUUCGGGGACCCUCUGUCCCUGAGGGGCCGUCGCCGGCAGUCGGGCGCCCCCAGCGGGGUGACUUGGCUCCUGGGUCAGCGGGGCUGGCGCCUGGCCAGAAAGUCGCCCUGAGUUGGAGGGGGCCGUGGGGGGUGGGCGCUGGGCUUCAGAAUCUGGGGAACACCUGCUACGUGAACGCGGCGCUGCAGUGUCUGAGCCACACGCCGCCCCUGGCCAGCUGGCUGGUGUCCCGGCAGCACGCCACCCUCUGUCCGGCCGGCAGCUCCUGCACGCUCUGUGCCAUGCGAGCUCACGUGACCCGAGCCCUCCUUCACGCGGGAGAGGUGAUCCGGCCCCGCAAGGACCUGCUGGCGGGCUUCCACAGACACCAGCAGGAAGAUGCCCACGAGUUUCUGAUGUUCACUCUGAAUGGCAUGCAGCAAGGGUGCCUGAGUGCAUCCCAGCCGUCGGGCCACGCCUCCGAGGACACCAGCGUCGUCCGUCAGAUCUUCGGCGGGACGUGGAGGUCUCGGAUCCAGUGUCUCCACUGCCUCGGUGUCUCGGACACGUUCGACCCUCAUCUGGACGUCAGCCUGGAUAUCACGGCGGCUCAGAGUGUGGAGCAAGCUCUGAGAGAGCUGGUCAAGCCCGAGAAGCUGGAGGCGGAAAAUGCCUAUGACUGUGGCGUUUGUCUCCGGAAGGUGCCUGCCACCAAGAGGUUGACUUUGCACAGCACGUCCCAGGUCCUGGUGCUGGUGCUGAAGCGGUUCACACAGCUGAGCGGGGCCAAAAGGGCUCAGGAGGUGCGCUAUCCCCAGCGCCUGGACGUGCAGCCCUACACGUCUGAGGGGAAGGCAGGGCCACUGGGCUACGUGCUCUAUGCCGUGCUGGUGCACUCCGGGUGGAGCUGUGAGCGAGGACACUACUUUUGUUACGUCCGAGCCGGCAACGGCCAAUGGUAUAAGAUGGACGAUGCCAAGGUGACCGCCUGUGACGAGACUGCUGCCCUGAGCCAGAGCGCCUACGUCCUGUUCUACGCCCGGGAGGGUGCGUGGGAAGGGGGCGCUGGGGGAGGGGCAGCGGCCCCCCUCGGGGCUGACCCGCAGACCCCGGGCAGCCUGCAGGAGACGCCAGCGGCAGAGCUCCUGGGUCGCAGGAGUCCCCGGGGGACACAGAGGCCGAAGGGAUGA